AUGGAUGAGGCUGGUUUCUCAUCUGGAUCGAGGAUUCGGUUGGCUCGGGUGUCUUCUUCUCGUCAGGAGGAGGUACAGGAGGAUGAGGAGGAAGUGAGACACGAGGAUGAGGAGAUACUUGAUGCUGACCCUCCGCACGGGGAGGAGGGGGAGGAAGGCUACCCGGGAGGGCCUAUGGACACUUCCUUGUUGAUUUACUACCACGACCUAGUCGCUCGACGUGUCUUGGAGGGAGAGGAAAGGCCGACGAUAAAAUCCGUGAACCACACGCGGAAUAUUUUUUAUCUAUUUAAACCAGAGGCCCAGUGGUUUAAUGAUGUGGUAGUUAGUUCCGGGCUCGGCGGAUUGUGCAUGACCGGGGAGUUGACAAUCACCUUGCACGAUGUCCAGUGUCUGCUCCACCUGCCAAUUAGAGGGAGCCUGCUGAACCAUUCCCGGAUACAAAGGGUCGAGGCGAUUGAGUGGAUGGUAGACUAUUUGGGUAUGGAUCCAAACAUGGGUGAUUAUGAGUGUCGGGAGACAAGUGGGGCCCAUAUUCGGUUCUCCAGAUUGAGAGAGUUGUAUGAGAACCACUUGGUGGCGGCGGCGGAGUCCGAGCAGGAGAGUGACGGGCUUUUUACAAAGUAUCACCGUGCCUGA